GCCUUUUCUUCAAUUCUUUUUCUUCGCUGUCUACUAUUUUUACCUCGAUUCCUUCUCUCUGUCUAUUUAUGUCACUGUGAAUAUUCAUUCAAUCUUCUCGUUCCUUUCAUGUUGUUUCUUUUUCUUAGAUUUUCACCUUUAUCUUCAUCAUCAUUCUGAUCUUCCCAUUUGGUAUUUGUUUUUUCUUCUGUUUUUCUUUACCUGUUCUCGGAUAAAUAUUAUCUCCAUCUUCAGCCAAUCCUCUCUUUCUUUUAUUUUCUGUCAUUUUCUCUCUCACUCACUCAAUCUCUAACUCUCUUCUUAAUCUUCUUAUCCAAAUUUUAAUCUUUCGAUUGAUCAUAAUCAUGAUAAUUGAUCUUUUUGUUAUUCUAUCUUAAACAUCAUCAUCAUCAUCAUCAUCAUCUUUACCUUCAUCGAAUCACGAAUCAAGAUCCAGUCUCAAACAAACAUACAACUAUUAUCGUCAUCAAUCUUACCUCAAUAUUUAUCUUCUGUUAUGAUUGUUACUCUACCUCUGUGACAUCAGUGUGUUUGUUAUCAUCAUCAUCAGUCGAUAAAAGGAUAAUACAAAAUAUAAAAUAGAUUCUUUAUCAAGUAUGAGUUCUAUCAUGAAAUCCUCGAGCUUUGGAAUAAAUCCUAAAAAGAAACUCUCUACCUUUGGUCGAAGGUUAAAACAAGAAAUAACCACUUCAGGUUCAUCAACUGAUCCCGAUGUUGUUGCAAUUAACAACAACUAUGAACAAGAAUUAAUGAUGAAAGAAACAGUUUCACCAGAUGAUGUGAUUAAAUUGGACAAGAUAACCGAAGGUUACCUGUGUCCUCUUGAAGCCAAUACGUACGACAUUGAUUUCACCCGAUUUAAAAUUCGUGACAUGGAAUCAGGAAAAAUAUUAUUCGAAAUAUCAAAACCAUCCGAUUUGGUCGAUGAAAGUUCACCCGAAGACUCAGAUGAAUCAAAUGAUGGUAGAUUUGUCCGUUAUCAGUUCAACUCUCAAUUUCUUAAACUCAAAACCGUUGGAGCUACAGUUGAAUUCACUGUUGGUGAUAAACCAGUCAACAAUUUUCGUAUGAUCGAGAAACAUUUUUUUCGAGACAUUUCAUUGAAAACUUUCGACUUCGAGUUUGGUUUCUGUAUACCAAAUAGUAAGAACUCCUGUGAACAUAUAUACGAAUUUCCGACCUUACCUGUUGAUCUUUGUGAAGAAAUGAUCAGGAAUCCAUAUGAAACUCGAUCUGAUAGUUUCUACUUUGUCGAUAAUAAGUUAAUCAUGCACAAUAAAGCUGAUUAUGCUUAUACCGAAACGACUGAUUGAGGAAUUAACAAUCAUUCAAUCACAAUUUAAAAGAUUAUCCAUCGAGGAGCGAUUUUGAAAACAAUUCAACACAAUCAAUUGGGUCUUGAAUUAAUCACUAAUCAUUAACCAGUCAUCCAAAAAUAUUAGAUCAUCAAAUUAAACGAAACGCUUGUAAAUGUCAAUCAAUUGUUUUGAUUGUGUUUUUUAUAUAUCAAAUUAUAUAUAAAACAAAGUGAUUUAAUACCGAUCAAAACUGAAUAGACAAUUUUAAUUGUAAUUCUGGUUAAUUGAUUAACAAUAAUCACAAGGUUGUAAGAAAAACCAAAACCAAAACCAAAAUCAAUUAUCUUGAUUAUUAGAAAGUGAGAUGAUAAUCAUAUUUUGUAACAUGUUAAUUAAUUAACAACUUAAAUCAAAUGUAAUAGUAAUGAAAACAUGCUCAAUGUAAUCAGAAUUUGAUUGUAUUAAUAUUUACAAUUACCUCUGAUUAUCAGUCAUAUUGUUCAUCAAAUUGUUCCCAGUGGAUUAAUUAAAAUCACAAAUAGAUUAACAUUUAUUAA